GGGCGGGCGGCCCGGGCCCGGACAUAAGAUGGCGGCGGCGUUGCUGGGGCGGCGGCGGCGGCGGUUGCGGCUGUCGCGGAGCGCGGGCGGUGCGCGGCUCUGCCCGGGCUCGCAGGGUGGAUAGAGCGGGGCCGGCGCGGCGGAGCGGGGCCGCCAUGGGCUCCCAGGUGCUGCAGAUCCUGCGCCAGGGCGUGUGGGCGGCGCUGAGCGGCGGCUGGUACCAGGACCCGCACCAGGGCGCGGGGGUCAACGCGCUGCACCUCUACCUGUGGCUCUUCCUGCUCGGCUUCCCCUUCACCCUGUACAUGGCUCUUCCUUCUUCCAUGAUGAUAGUAGCUGUCUACUGCCCAGUGAUAGCAGCUCUCUUUAUCGUUUUGAAGAUGGUGAAUUACCGUUUGCACAGGGCACUGGAUGAGGGAGAAAUUGUGGAGAGGAAUGCCAGUGAGCAUAUGGACAGAGGUGCAAAAACAGAACAAAGCAAUGUUUCAGCCAAGAGGAAAGACAGCAAUGGGCCCAGUGACCCUGGUGGAGGGAUUGAGAUGUCAGAGUUCAUACGAGAAGCAACUCCCCCUGUUGGCUGUAGUUCACGCAAUUCUUAUGCUGGGAUAGAUCCAAACAACCAGGUUGGAUCUGGAUUAUCUCGUCUGGGAACAGCAGCAACCAUCAAAGGUGAUACUGACACUGCCAAGACCUCUGAUGAUAUCAGUUUGAGUCUUGGCCAGAGUUCUAGCCUGUGUAAAGAAGGGAGUGAAGAACAAGAUUUGGCAACUGAUCGGAAGCUUUUUCGUCUGGUGUCGAACGACUCGUUUGUCUCCAUCCAACCUUCAUUGUCCUCUGGACAGGAUUUGCCAAGGGACAGCAGUGACAAAGUGUGCCUCUCGAACAACCAGCUUGUGGACCAGUCUAAAAACAGUACAUGUGACACAGAAGUAGCUUCACUGGUAACUCUGCAUUCUCAUUCCUAUAGAAAGGAUCACAGACCACGAGGUGUACCAAGGACUUCUAGCUCUGCUGUUGCUUUUCCAGAUGCUUCACUAAAUGACUUCCCCCUUUAUCAGCAAAAACGAGGACUGGAUCCUGUCAGUGAGUUAGAAGCUUCCAAGCCCCCUUCUGGAUCCCGAGAGUCUUUGGGUGAGAACUCUUGCAUUUCAGGAGUUUUUCAAUUAGAUGACAUUCUGAAAAGUAGCAGCCCUCAACCAUUGACUAAGAGUGGGAAGAGCAAAUCCUUGAAAGCAGACAAAAGCAUGGACAGUCUGAGAAGCCUGAGUACUAGAAGCAGUGGUUCAACAGAAAGCUACUGCAGCGGGACUGAUCGUGACACUAACAGUACCAUCAGUAGCUAUAAAAGUGAACAUACUAGCUCAACACAUAUAGAAAGUGUCUUGUCAGAGCACGAGGAGGAGUCUCCUAGAGAAGAGAAACAGGAUGGUAAGAAAAAAGACUGUGAUGUCGACUCAGAGGAUGACAGUAGUUCUACUACUGACAAAAGGACUAGUAGCGAAAGGACUGCUGUGGAAGUGAGCCCUCUGGGUGGUGUUCAAGAGGGAAAGGGUUCUAAUGCAUCCGACGAGAUGCACAGCCAGAAAGGUCUUGGUGCCUCUGCUUCAGAAGAGGCCAAUAAGAACCCACAUGCCAAUGAAUUGACUACACAAGCUGACAGGCCGCAUGGGAAGGCUGCUGAGCAGAGAGAUGAGCAGAGUGAGAAACUAGCUGUGUUAGUAGAUUUGAGAGCUUCUAAAGAAACUAGUGGAAAACAAAAAGAAGGAGAUGUUCGACCAAAAUCUUCUAGUUUAAUACAUCGAACAGCCUCUACCCACAAGUCCAGCCGGAGAAGGACAGGAAAAAAGCGGGCUAGUAGUUUUGAUUCAAGUCGGCACAGGGAAUAUGUUUCCUUCCGAGGUGUAUCUGGUACUAAACCCCACAGUGCUGUGUUUUGUCAUGAUGAGGACUCCAGUGAUCAAAGUGACUUGAGCAGGACGUCAAGCAUGCAGUCAGCUCACCAGUUCAGCAGUGAUAGCUCUUCCAGCACCACCUCCCAUUCAUGCCAGUCUCCUGAGGGAAAAUACAGUGCUUUAAAGACCAAAUACGUUUCUAAAGACCGUGGGGGCAUAGACUCUGAAAAUGCUCACAAAACCCAUGUAAGCUCUGAAGGAAUUAGCAAAAAAAGAUCUACACGACGGACUUCUAGCACAAACAGUGCCAAGAAUCGUGCCAGAGUGUUAAGCCUGGACAGUGGUACUGUAGCUUGUUUAAAUGACCCAAAUAGUUUAAUGGCACCAGGUAACAUAAAACAGUUAACCACUUCAAAAUCUGAUUUGGAAGCCAAAGAAGGAGAGGUGCUAGAUGAGCUAUCUCUGUUGGGAAGGGCUUCCCACUUAGAGUCAGUCACUCGUUCUAGGAAUAGCUUACCAAGCCAGGCUACAUUUCCUGAAGGGGAAGACCAAGAAUCAGCAAGUGGAGCAGCACAAGCCAGCGAGGAGACUGUCACAUUUCGCCGUGAACGCAGCACAUUUAGGCGUCAGGCAGUACGACGCCGGCACAAUGCAGGGAGUAACCCUACCCCUCCUACAUUGCUCAUCGGAUCACCCCUCAGCCUUGAAGAUGGUCAACAAGGCCAGCAGUGCUCCUCCCAGGUCAGAGUGCAGUCCCGCCCCCCUUCCCAGGCAGCUGUGCCCGGCGCUAGCGCCUCCUUGCUGGUGAGAAAUGGGAGUGUCCACUUAGAAGCAUCACAUGCCACUGCAUCUGCUGUAGGCGGUAGCAGUUUGCACGAUGAACUUGGUAAGUUCAGUUCUACGCUCUACGAGACAGGGGGCUGCGACAUGUCACUUGUGAACUUUGAGCCAGCUGCAAGAAGAGCAUCCAACAUCUGUGACACGGACUCUCACGUAUCGAGUUCUACCUCAGUUCGCUUUUAUCCACAUGAUCUACUUUCUCUUCCUCAGAUCAGGUUGAACAGGCUGCUGACCAUGGAUACAGAUCUGCUGGAGCAGCAAGAUAUUGACCUGAGCCCUGACCUUCAGGACCACAUGCAACCUCAAGAGGAAGCAGCUCAAAAAGUCAAGCAGUACUAUCGCUUUUGGAUCCUGCCUAAACUUUGGAUUAGCAUCAAUUUUGAUAGAUUAACUCUUCUGGCUUUAUUUGAUAGGAAUCGUGAGAUCCUUGAAAACGUACUAGCUGUCAUCCUAGCUAUUCUAGUUGCAUUUCUGGGCUCUGUACUUCUUAUAGAGGGCUUUUUCAAGGAUAUUUGGGUCUUCCAGUUCUGCCUGGUAAUAGCCAGUUGCCAGUACUCACUGUUGAAGAGCGUUCAGCCAGAUUCUUCUUCCCCUCGACAUGGUCACAAUCGUAUCAUAGCCUAUAGUAGGCCUGUAUAUUUCUGUUUGUGUUGUGGUCUGAUUUGGCUGUUGGAUUAUGGCAGCAGAAACAUAUCUACAACAAGAUUCAGGUUGUAUGGAAUGGCUUUCACCAACCCAUUGCUGCUGCUGUCAGCCAGGGACUUAGUUAUAGUGUUUACACUAUGUUUCCCUAUAGUAUUCUUCAUUGGUCUCCUGCCUCAGGUGAAUACAUUUGUGAUGUAUCUCUGUGAACAGCUGGACAUUCAUGUCUUUGGUGGCAAUGCUACCACAAGCCUGCUUGCAGCACUUUACAGUUUUAUCUGUAGUAUUGUGGCAGUAGCAUUGUUGUAUGGACUGUGCUAUGGUGCCCUGAAGGAUUCCUGGGAUGGGCAGCAUAUUCCAGUUCUCUUCUCCAUAUUUUGUGGUUUGUUAGUGGCAAUAUCCUAUCAUCUCAGCAGACAAAGCAGUGACCCUUCUGUACUUUUCUCUUUAGUGCAAUCAAAAUUUUUUCCUAAUUCUGAAGACAAAAACCCUGAGGAUCCUCUGUCUGAAGUAAAAGAUCCUUUACCUGAGAAGCUUAGAAAUUCUGUGAGUGAACGAUUGCAGUCUGACCUGAUUGUGUGUAUAGUCAUUGGUGUCCUCUAUUUUGCAAUUCAUGUCAGUACAGUAUUUACAGUUUUACAGCCUAUUUUAAGUUAUGUUCUCUAUGCAUUGGUGGGUACGGUAGGCUUUGUGACCCAUUAUGUUCUGCCUCAACUCCGAAAGCAGCUGCCUUGGCAUUGCUUUUCUCACCCACUGUUGAAAACCAAGGAAUACCAUCAGUUUGAAGUCCGGAAUGCUGCACAUGUUAUGUGGUUUGAGAAACUUCAUAUUUGGCUCCUUUUUGUAGAGAAGAAUGUUAUCUAUCCACUGAUAGUCCUCAAUGAGCUUAGUAGCAGCGCUAAGAAUAUUGCUAGUCCAAAGAAACUGGAUACUGAGUUGGGUGCUUUAAUGAUCACAAUAGCUGGCUUGAAGUUACUGCGUUCAUCAUUCAGUAGCCCAACAUGCCAGUAUGUCACUGUUAUUUUCACAGUGCUCUUCUUUACUUUUGAUUACAAAAGUUUUACUGAGACCAUGCUGCUAGAUCUCUUCUUCAUGUCCAUACUCUUCAGCAAGCUUUGGGAACUCUUUUAUAAGUUGAGAUUUGUAUAUACCUACAUUGCACCCUGGCAGAUCACAUGGGGGUCUGCCUUCCAUGCUUUUGCCCAGCCCUUUGCUGUGCCACAUUCUGCCAUGUUGUUUGUCCAAGCAGCUGUGUCAGCUUUCUUCUCUACUCCACUGAAUCCUUUUCUGGGAAGUGCAAUAUUCAUCACUUCAUAUGCCAGGCCUGUCAAAUUCUGGGAAAGAGACUACAACACAAAACGUGUGGAUCAUUCAAAUACUAGACUGGCUUCACAGCUGGAUCGGAAUCCAGGUUCAGAUGAUAACAACCUGAAUUCUAUCUUCUAUGAGCAUUUAACCCGAUCCCUUCAGCACAGCUUAUGUGGAGACUUGUUACUGGGUCGCUGGGGAAACUACAGUACUGGGGACUGCUUCAUCCUAGCCUCUGACUACCUCAAUGCACUAGUACACCUUAUAGAGAUAGGAAACGGCUUGGUCACCUUCCAGCUGAGGGGGCUUGAAUUCAGAGGAACUUACUGUCAGCAACGAGAAGUAGAGGCCAUCACUGAAGGUGUGGAGGAAGAUGAAGGUUUUUGUUGCUGUGAACCAGGCCACCUCCCUCACAUGCUUUCCUUUAAUGCUGCCUUUGGGCAGCGUUGGCUGGCUUGGGAAGUGCUUGUAACAAAGUAUGUUCUGGAGGGUUACAGCAUCACUGACAACAGCGCAGCUUCCAUGCUUCAAGUCUUUGAUCUCCGGAAAAUCCUCACCACUUACUACGUGAAGGGAAUCAUCUAUUAUGUCACAACAUCCCCCAAGCUGGAGGAGUGGUUGGCUAACGAGACAAUGCAGGAGGGACUGCGGCUGUGCACAGACCGCAAUUACGUGGAUGUCGACCCAACGUUUAACCCCAAUAUCGAUGAGGAUUAUGACCACCGUCUGGCAGGGAUCUCACGAGAGAGCUUCUGUAUGAUAUAUUUGAACUGGAUAGAAUACUGCUGCUCUCGAAGAGAAAAGCCACUGGAUUCAAGUAAAGAUUCGCCCCUAGUGACAUUGUGUUAUGGACUCUGUGUUCUGGGCCGGAGAGCAUUGGGAACAGCUUCACAUCAUAUGUCGAGUAACCUGGAAUCCUUCUUGUACGGUCUGCAUGCCCUAUUUAAGGGUGACUUCCGUAUAUCUUCAAUUAGAGAUGAAUGGAUCUUUGCUGACAUGGAAUUGCUGAGGAAAGUAGUGGUUCCUGGAAUACGGAUGUCGCUGAAGCUACACCAAGAUCACUUCACUUCUCCAGAUGAAUAUGAUGAUCCUUCUGUCCUUUAUGAAGCUAUAACAACCCAUGAAGAAAAUCUAGUGAUAGCUCAUGAAGGGGACCCUGCUUGGCGGAGCGCAGUUCUUUCCAACUCUCCGUCCCUCCUUGCUCUGCGUCACGUGAUGGAUGAUGGCACCAACGAGUACAAAAUCAUUAUGCUCAAUAAGCGCUAUCUCAGCUUCAGGGUCAUUAAGGUCAAUAAGGAGUGUGUGCGUGGCCUGUGGGCAGGACAACAGCAGGAGCUUGUCUUCCUGCGUAAUCGUAAUCCAGAAAGAGGAAGUAUCCAAAAUGCUAAACAAGCUCUGAGGAACAUGAUCAACUCCUCUUGUGACCAGCCAAUUGGAUACCCAAUCUAUGUCUCACCUUUGACUACUUCCUAUUCAGAUAGUCAUGAACAGCUAAAGGACAUUCUUGGGGGAGCCAUCAGCUUAGGAAACAUCAGAAACUUCAUAGUGUCUACAUGGCACAGACUAAGGAAAGGCUGUGGAGCUGGCUGCAAUAGUGGUGGAAAUAUUGAAGAUUCAGAUGCUGGAGGUGGAACUUCUUGCACAAGUAACAAUGCAACUAUCAAUGAGUCACAGAGCAGCAUGUCACAAGGAGGAGGGAAUGCACCUACAGGGCAGGGACCUGGAGCAGUACAGCACCCUCCUGUUGCAGCUCAUCCCACAACUUUUCCUGCAGCUCAUCCACCAACUCAUCCCUCCACUCUGGGCACCAGUCACAGCUCUCACUCUGUGCAGUCCAGCCUUGUCAGACAUUCCCCUGCCCGUGCCUCAGUAGCUAGCCAUUCAUCCUAUUGCUACGGCAGCCGUCACUCAUCUCUCCGCACAUCCACGACAGGCUUCGUGCCUUGCCGGCGCUCUUCCACCAGCCAGAUCUCCCUCCGGAACCUCCCCUCGUCCAUCCAGUCCCGCCUGUCCAUGGUGAACCAGAUGGAACCCACUGGCCAGACUGGGGUCAGCGUGCAGCACGGACUGCCCUCUUCCAGCAGCUCCAGCCAAAGCAUCCCAGCCUGCAAGCAGCAUGCCCUCGUGGGCUUUCUAGGGACUGAAGGAGGGAGCAAUGCAGCUGAAACUCAGUCAGGUGGCAGUGCAAGCCCUGCAAAUCAAAUGCAAGCCAAAAAGGAUGACGUUAUUUACAGAAUCCAGUUAAUGGAUCCCAGUCAAGUACUGGAAGGGAUCAACGUGUCAAAAAGGAAAGAGCUGCAGUGGCCGGAUGAGGUGAUACGGCUAAAAGCUGGAAGAAACAGCUGGAAAGACUGGAGUCCUCAGGAAGGCAUGGAAGGCCAUGUGAUUCACCGCUGGGUGCCUUGCAGCAGAGAUCCAAGUAGUCGGUCACAUAUAGAUAAAACAAUCCUGCUGGUUCAAAUUGAAGAUAAAUAUGUUGCUGUUGUUGAAACUGGAGUCCUUGAACUUGGGGCUGAAGUGUAACUCUCUUUGAGACUGAAACUUCCCCUUCUCCAAUGGUUCAGAAGAGAGAAGGGUCCAGAAGAAGCAGCUCCCAGGACAUGAAACUUUGGUCCGGUUUUAGGAAAGGACUUGAAACACAGAUUUGUCUAAGUCCCUUUCCCCCAAAUAAACAAGUGUAAGAAAUUUUUUAAGUUGUUAGCUGCUGAAGAAACACUUGCAUGAAGGAUAGAUUUGUUGAGACAUAUCUUUUGUUUAUAAAUUUUGUUAUGCAUUGCGUAAUGCUUUAAAUCAACAAACUUUUCGGUUCUAAGAUCAGAGCACCUCAUAUUUUUCUAAUUGUUUUGCCAAAAAUUGCCAUGUCUUGUCACAGAGUGCGUGGAAUUCAUCCACCUUAUUUUAAUGAAAUUGACUACAAACCUUCAGUUUGGUGAAACAGUGUAAGGGUUUCAGGUGUGGCAAGAAGAGACUGAACAGAUGUAUAGAUUCUUAUUCCUUAUGAGCUAAACAUUAAUGAGAACUGCACUAAUUUUUUUACAGCAAUGCACUAAAAACAACCCUGAGAUUGCUGAGAACAUUUAUUUAUAUAUAUAAAUAUAAGUAUAUAAAAUACCAUUAUUUAAAUUGCCUUUGGGAUUAAUCCCCUCCCUCUCCAUAUACAUGUUGAUGGUAAGGGCUGUGCCAUGGGUUUGGUUCUAUGUUCUGUAUUUCGUACAAGUGCAUUUGCUGCAUCCUCUUCACAAUAAAUGGUAAAAUAACAAAUGUGUAGAAAAGCACCUGAGUAUCCCUGUACUACAUGAGACUUUACUGUGGUGGCAGUGGUACCUCAAGCCUGUACAACACGUCUAGCUUUAAAGUGGGCCUCAAUCUGACUUUCUAUCUGUCUUCCCUUCACUAGCCAUGGGUCCUUUGCUUCUUUACACCCAGAGCUGGCUGUGUUGUUUCAUUGGCUCUAUACGGCAAACACGGUGGUUUUAGUUUUGUAGUGGGAGGUGCAGGUCCAUGAUUACUUAAUGGAUGCUUGAAGGUUUUUUUUAAUUCUAUCCAAUUUUAAAAGAAAAAACAGCAACAACUCCCCAGACAAAACAAGAAAAUAAUCCAACAAAACUUGACUUCUGCUUUUAAUGAUCUUUUAUAGAAGGCACAGCCCUAAACUUGUAUCACUUUUACCACCUUGCCUUUUCUUUCCCUUUAGUCUUCAUUCUUUUCUAUGACUUGAAUUUUAUUUUCUGUGAUUAUAUAUUCUAUGUAAGUGUAAUUUGAGUAUUUAUAACUGUGAAGUUGAAUUAUUCAUGUGUUACAUAUCCUAGGUUUUAUUGUAUUUUUUUAAAAGUGUGUAUUCAGGGAAACAAGUAACUCAGAACUAUCAUGGGAGUGUGAGAGGGAAACUGGUUUGGUUUUGACUUGCAGUUCCUAUGACUCACUUUUCUUAAUCCGUAAGAAAGAAUUGUACCUGUUGUGAUUGUUUCCUGUUCUGACCUGUAAUUAUAUAGGACUCUGUGGGGAAUUUGCGUCCAGUUCUAGCUUUUGGGAGCAGCCAUCUUCUUCCCAGUCACCUUCCACUUCUUUGUAUGUGUUGUAACUAGGAGAGACUUAUGAUAUACCACAGAGGUUAUUAUAAUUAAUUCUCUGACAUCAGAGAAACAUUGUCCAUUAUGUACCUAAUGUAAGAGUGAAAUUACAUGGGAUAAGAAAAAAGGAAGAAACAGCUACCUAAGAAACACUGGUAUUCCAGUUCAAGUCACUGUAUUCCAUCUAGCCAUGAAAGAGUCAGUGCCUGGUAGCUACUCAAUUCCAGUUACUGUUCCCAGUGAGCGAUACUGAGACCUUGCUUGCAUAAUAGACUAUGCAAACUUGUCCUCAAAAUGCUGUGCAUCUAAAAGUUGUAUAUUACUAUUCACUUUGUUUGUACACAGUCCCAUUUAAUCAUGGUAUAAAUGCACAGAUCUCCCACCCUUGAAACUAUGUGGAACAGCAAAAUUAUUUAUCAUAUGUAUCACAUUAUAGAGUAGUUGAAUUAAUCUCCUGCAUAUGUGAAAAUGUAGUAUAGUAGAUGAAAUUUCUGUAGCUGUCUGGAAAUGCUGCUAUCAGGAAUGAAAAAAACGUGUAAGUUUUUAAUUGAAGGCCUUUUAGUUGAGCUUUUAUUCUAUCCUUCCUUACAGGUAAAUACCCCUUUAAUUAAUUAACCUUCCAGGUUUUCUGUAUUGCUUGGAAAAUUGCUUCAUUUAAAAGGGAGAAGCUUGUUUGAAAAUAAGCCCCUAUUUGACAUUAGCUGUACAGGGUUGGUCUUUUUUUUUUUACCCUUGGACUGAAGCCUUGAGGUAAAGAAAUGAUGGAAAACCCAAAUAUAUAUAGCUUAGGUUUUUUGCCCUUCUUUUUUUGUUUGUUUUGUUUUGUUUUUUGUUUGAUUUUGGUUUUGGGAUUUUUGGGGUUUUGUUUGUUUUGUUAUGUUUUGGGUUUUUUGGGUGCUUUUUUUGUGGGGUUUUUUGUGUGUGUGUGUGUGUUUGUUUCUUUGUGGGGUUUUUUUUGUUUUGUUUAAAGCUGACUGAAACAACUUUCAGUAUGUUAACCCUGACUGAACAAUUUCUCACUCUCUUUGGGGCGAGGUAGGACAAUGUCCAUUGCUGGUAAAAAACAUGAUAGAAAUUAAUGGCUUCUUGAUGUGGAAAUUUUAGUGCAUAUAUGUAUCUGCCUGGAAUUAGAUUGGAAAACAGCAGAUAGGGGAAGAGAGAGAGACUUUUUUUAGGACAAAGAAAACAGAUGAAUAUUUCUAUUUUUUAUAAAAUGUAAGGCUUUUGAUGUGCUGCCUUCAGGAGAUGGAUUUUAAUGUGGACAGCUAAGAGGUUAACACUUCUUUCAGGUACUCUGCUAACAUCUGUUGUGAAGCCAUUCACACAGUGCUUAUACCUAUUCCAGAUCUUCUCAAUGGAAGCCACCUAGUUGAAAUUUCACUCUUCCAUAAGGCUUUGAAAAAUUAACUCUUUCAAGUUUCUCCUGAACUUGUUAAGAUUCAUAUGAUUGUAUGUUGGCUUGUACAGAGUUUCUCUUUGGUUUCCAGGGUGCAAGUGACAAAAAAUGUUUUUCUUCUAACUCAGAAUCACACAGAAUUAACUUAGGUUGAAAAAGACCUUGGAGAUCAUAGAGUCCAACCUAUGACUGAACACCACUUUGUCAGCUACUAGACCAUGGUACGAAGUGCCACAUCCAGUCUUUUCUUGAAUACCUCCAGGGAUGGUGACUCCACCACCUCCCUGGGCAGCCCAUUCCAAUGCCCAGUCACCAUUUAUGUGAAGAAUUUUUUCCUAAUGUCCAGCCUAAACUUCCCAUGGCACAGCUUAAGACUGGGUCCUCUUGUCCUGGCACUACCUGGGAGAAGAGACCAAUCCCCACCUGGCUACACCCUCCUUUCAGGGAGUUGUGGAGAGUGAUAAAGUCUCCCCGAGCCUCCUCUUUUCUGAACAACCCCAGCUCCCUCAGCCUCCUCCUAGGAUUUGUGCUCCAGACCCUUCACCAGCCUUGUUGCCCUUGUCUGGACAAAUUUGAACAUCUCAGUGUCCUUCCUGAAUGAGGGGUUCCAAAAUGGGACACAGCACUCAAGGUGGGGCUUCCCCAGUGCUGAGUACAGGGGGAGAACCACUGCCCUGGUCCUACUGGCCACACAGGCCAGGGUGCCACUGGCCUCUUGGUCAUGUGAGCACAUGUCCCCCCAGGGUAGACCUGUCUGUGGAAACCUCUGUUCUAGAUGGAAAUUAUUUUCUUUUGCUUUAUUUUCUUGGCCUUUGUCUUGAUGCGUAAUAUUUUUCUGCUGUUGUAAGGGUGGAAAAGAUGAGUAUUUUCAAAUUAGUUGUCAGUCCAAAUUGAACCUUACCAUAGAGCAGCAUUUUUUAGCUCUUUCUAGACUUUUUCCUUACAGAUGUUUGCUUUUACUCUGUCCCCUUGCAUUGUGAUGUUCUCUUGCCAUAAGAACAUUCCGGUUAAGUCCUACUGUUGUAGCUUCCAGGUAGAUCCCAAUCUAUUUUUUCUCUCAGAUUUCUUUGGAGGUGGUAUCUGUGUGUACAUCUGUAAGGACUUUUCCCUAAGACAAUUGCAGAAAAGAGCUUGAAAACCCCAUGAAUCAGAUAAUGUUCAUUUGUAAAAAUGGCUAUUACAUGAUGUUUUAAAAUCUUUUCCCAUUUCAUUUCUCUGUGAAAUCUUUUGAAUUGUUCCAAUUUAAAAACCCAAAAACCUAGAACUGUGUAUGUGACACCACUGAUGACACCUAGACUUUUGUUCUACUUGCAGUGGAUAGUACUAGUGCUGGAUUUUGGGGAUCUCUCUCAUGAUCCAGCAUGUGUGAAAUGGUUUCAGAGUUUGGGGAAGAUGAUGGUGAUGGUUAUUUCUUAAGGUAAUUCCAUGUAGGCUGAAUGGUCCUACAGCCACUUUGCCUGGGACAUCUGGCAUGUUUGAGUGGUGAUGUCAGUUCUCCAGUCAAGAGUGUAGUUAUCACCAGUUAUCAUCCCAUGGCCAAAAUGCCUUUGGGAACUGAAGAACUCUUUGAGAAGCCUGGAUGACUGGUGAGAUGACAGAUGAAGACUUGUGGCACAGGUCCAUAAAGCUUUGUCUGGAUUUGGGCAAGGGGGGCAAGAGAUGCCUUAUGAUUGAUUCAGCUUUCUCUGAUAAUGCACACACCACCAUGCAAUCUAGGAGCAUCUAUAACAAAGACACUGCUUUAAAGACCUUUCUCAAUUACAGAACUCUCCAUUUACGAAAUGGAGCUGGAUAAAUUGUAUUUCUUACCAUUAACAAUAUUAUUCAACUUAUAUUGGAUUUGGGGUUUUACCACCACAGGUUUUAUGUACUUAAUUUUAUUAAGGAAUUUUAUACCUAUUAUAUAGGCAUCUAUUCUUUUCUUGUCUGGCUUGCUAUUUGAUAUUCUGAUGCAGUACAUUCAGUGGCACUGGACUCUUUCAGAAAUUAUACUGGUAAUUCCUGGUGCCUUAGUAAAAAAGUGGGUACAUAACACCUUGGUGGAAGGUAAAGCAUGUGACUUGUUUCACCCCAGCAUGAUAUGCAUAGUUCUAAAAAGGUGAUUAAGAUGGCUGCCCCAAAAGAUUUUGGGAGUAUACCUGCAUCACUUGGUCAUGAACAUUUGAAUAUGAGCAAUUUUUAUGACUUCUGGUAUGUUUUGAAUAGAUAAGCCCAGUACACUUAAGCCACAACUUUGAAAGAUGGCAAUCAAAUAGCUGAGUAUGUAACGUCUUACACAGAUGCCCCUGAAAGCUGGACAGUAGCUGCUGGUUAGGGAAUGGAGAGGGGAGUAGAGCAUAAACAAGAGGAUUGCUUUGGUUUUUAAUGGACAAUGAAAAUACAUACUGCCUCUACCAGCAAAUGGUUACCUUGCCAGGGAUAGGGAUAUACGUACCUGCGUGUCUGUGAGUGUGUAUGUGUCUGCGUGUGUUAUUGGAAACAGCCUGUAAAUAUUGUAGCUGUUUAAAAUGGAAAAGGCAGAGAGUUUUUUUGCAACAUGUUGCAGCAAAAGGACAGUAUUGACAGUGGAGAAACACUGAGAAAUAAAAAAAAAACUUUUU